AUGAAAGUUCCUGGGUUGAACUACAACCCCAACAAUAAUAAUAAUGAACUUCAAGAGUCUCCCAUAAUACUGCCAAACUCCAAACCUGCACCUGCACCUCCAUCUACUAAAAAAGUUUGGAGACUGAAAAAAUAUCAUAGAUCUGAGGAUGAAAUUAAGACUCAACAACAGGAUUAUGAGAAUCUAGAGUUCAACACAAAGAAAACCUCUACAAGAAGACCAAAGAACAAAAAUGGUGGUCAACAAGAGUUUGUUUUCGUUGAUUUGUCUCCCAAAAAAAAGGUUGCUGCUCCAAAAGAUGAUAAAACUGCAACUAAUUCACCAUCAUCAACAACAACAACUACACCAACUACUUCAAAGAAACAAGGGAGAGUUUCAAGGUUAUUCCGUUUGAAUAAUACAAAUGAUGAAGUUGUUAAAGAACAAAGUGCACCAGCUUCAUUAAUGUCAUCUCCAACACAUCAUUAUCAAAAUCAAACAGUCAACCAAAAACCUAUUCCAAAGGGUAAAAUCCACCCAAUAUCAACAAUACCUUCAUUACCACCUCAACAACAAUAUCCUGCUCAAGCUCCAAUCCAACCCCCAGCUUUGAAAAGAUCAUACACAACUGCUAAUGCCGCUAGAUAUAACGAAAGAUCUGGAUCUUCAACUUCAUUAGUUAUGACUGUCUCUGAGAAUGGGAGAGCUGUUUUACAACCAACUGCAUCAAGAACAUUAUCCACAUCUUCCUCAGUUUCGGACUUGUUUAGUUUGACGAGAAUGAAUUCUACAAGACAAUCCCCAAUCCCAUCUCCAAAGAGAAUGGAGUCACCUAUUCAUCAACAACAUCUUGUUGAAUCAGAAUAUUCAGACUAUGACCAUGAAGAUUCUUCAGAACAUGAUUAUGACGAUGGUGAUUGUGAUGAACCAGAUGCUACAAAAGCAUUCUCCAAAAUCUUGAAAAAACAAUCUUCAUCAUCAGGAACUAAUGCAGCUCGUAAAAGAGCAAACACUGCUGGUUCAACAAAUUCAAACAUCUCUUCACCUGUUGUUCCAAGAUUACUCACCCGUAAUCAUUCAAUAUCAUCAAUGAAUUCAAUCUAUAAGUCACGUAUGGGGAUUUCUCCAUCAAGAUCAAAUAUGGUACUUCGUCAAACUGCCCUAUUACAACAACAACAUCAACAACCAUUAUAUUCUCCUCAAGAACAAAAUGAAUUCGAAUUCACCUCCUUUUUCGAUGACGUUAACAAUAAUAAUCAUCAUCAUACCCCUUCAUCAAGAUCAAAUUUCCAUAGUUCUGGUAGUGCCAAUUAUCAUAAAAAGACAAUCUCAAUCUCUGAUAAUUUGGCCCAAUUGGGUCCUCCUUUGGAAAUCAAUUCAUCUGAUAAUGAUCCAGAAAGUCCAUAUACUGCAAACACAGAUGUGAUGCUACCAUUUGAGUUUAGCAGUGGAGGGUUGGAUCAUACUACUCAUAUUGCUGAGGAUAAUGACCAUGAUCAUGAUCAUCAUCACCAUCAUCACCAUUUUACUGAUGAGACUUUGAAAGUCGAACAAGAUGAUCAUCAGUUUUUUGAUUUUAAUGCAUUUAUAAAUUUUAAUGAUCAAUCUGAAUCGCAUUAUUAG